GAGCUGUAAAACUGUUCCGCAGUCGCGCGCUGGGCAGCGGAGCACCCUCGGAGCACCUCGGGUAGCGCGGAGCUCAGGGAGAAAGGGGCUGUUAACAGCGGGGGGCGCCCGGUAGUGCGCAGGCGCCUCAGGAAGAGCUCGGUCUGGCUCUUGCGCCUUCAGGUCUCCGUCGCUCCCAAGACCCCGGAGCGCCGGGUUCCGCGCGCGCCGGGUUCCGCGUGCUGCAGAGAAGCGGCGGCAGCGGGAACCCUGACUGCCCUCCAUCAGCAUGUUCACUAUGAAGUUAUUGCUGGUAUUUUUGUUUUCUGGACUUAUAACUGGUUGUAGAGGGAACUCUUCCUGUACUUUGCCACCCAAGUUACUACUGGUAUCCUUUGAUGGCUUCAGAGCUGACUAUCUACACAACUAUGAAUUUCCUCAUCUCCAGAAUUUUAUCAAAGAAGGUGUCUUGGUAGAGCAGGUUAAAAAUGUCUUUAUCACAAAAACAUUUCCAAACCACUACAGCAUCGUGACAGGCCUGUAUGAAGAAAGCCAUGGCAUUGUGGCUAAUUCUAUGUAUGAUGUCAUCACAAAGAAACAUUUUUCUGACAUUAAUGACAAGGAUCCUUUUUGGUGGAAUGAGGCAGUCCCUAUUUGGGUGACCAAUCAGCUUCAGGAAAACAGAUCAAGUGCUGCUGCUAUGUGGCCUGGUACCGACGUGCCCAUUCACAAUACCACACCUUCCUAUUUCAUGAAUUACAACCCCUCAGUGUCAUUUGAGGAGAGACUCAGUAAUGUCUCCACGUGGCUGAGCAAUUCGAACCCACCCGUCACCUUUGCAACACUCUAUUGGGAAGAACCAGACGCAAGUGGCCACAAAUAUGGCCCUGAAGAUAAAGAAAACAUGCGCCGAGUGUUGAAAGGAAUAGAUGACCAUAUCGGUGAGCUCGUUCACAAACUCAAGGUGUUAGGACUGUGGGAAGAUCUUAAUGUGAUCAUUACAAGUGAUCAUGGGAUGACCCAGUGUUCUAAGGACAGGCUGAUAAACUUGGAUCACUGCAUCGACCCCUCAGACUACACUCUUAUAGACUUGACCCCAGUUGCUGCAAUACUUCCCAAAAUAAACAGAACAAAGGUUUAUAACAAACUGAAAAUCUGUGACCCUCACAUGAAUGUUUAUCUCAAAGAAGACAUUCCUGCCAGGUUUCAUUACCAACAUAAUGAUCGAAUUCAACCUAUUAUUUUGGUUGCUGAUGAAGGCUGGACAAUUGUGCUAAAUAAAUCAUCACCAAAAUUAGGUGACCAUGGUUAUGAUAAUUCUUUGCCUAGUAUGAAUCCAUUUCUAGCUGCCCACGGUCCUGCAUUUCACAAAGGCUACCAACACAGCACCAUUAACAUUGUGGAUAUUUAUCCAAUGAUGUGCCACAUCCUGGGAUUAAAGCCACAGCCCAAUAAUGGAACCUUUGGUCAUACUAAGUGUUUGUUAGUGGACCAGUGGUGCAUUAAUCUCCCAGAAGCCAUAGGAAUUGUUAUCGGUGCGCUCUUGGUCUUAACCACUCUGACCUGCCUCAUCAUAAUCAUGCAGAAUAGACUCUCUGGACCCCGGCCAUUUUCCCGACUUCAGCUACAAGAUGAUGAUGAUGAUCCUUUAAUUGGGUGACAUGUGCUGGGGUUUAUACAAAGUGGCUGUGAUUAGGACACACCCAAGGAAUGGUGUUACAACUAUGAAAAAGUAUGCUUUGAAAGACAAAGAUCUUAGACCAAGCAUGCUACAAUUAUUUUGUUUUUCCUUGUGUUUUGUUUUGCAGCAUUAGCUAAUACAAAAAACUCUGACCAUAGAAAAAAUUGCUAGUAAAUCAUUAGUUAACACCAACUGUUUCCCUAACUAGAAAGGUUUUUUUUUAAGAAAAAUACUGCCUUUGCCUUUUUUUUUUUUUUUUGCAAUGAAGAUUAGACACAUCUUUAGAUGAAAAUAUGCAAAAAUUCAGUGGGUAUGCUUUUUGAAUAAAUUUUUACAUUUGUAAAUUAUACAACAGAAAUCUUUAUAAAAUGUGUGGAUUUUGUGUAUCAGGAAGGAAAAGUUUCCUAUAUUUUUAUAUGUACCUUUAAUAGAGUUUGUAUCCCAAGUAAACCCUUGAGGUAGGAAAUUCUCUGUGAUGGUUAAUUAAAAUGGAUCAAGCAGGCAGAAAAGAUCUAGCAUAUGAAGAAAUUAUUUUAAGAAAAACUAUUAUAAAAAACAAGCAAAGACCCCAUGAUACAAAGCCUAAGUCUUCUUCACCAGUGUGUCUUUGUUGUUACGACCCUUAAGCUAUUGAAGCCUCAAAAGUUAAACCUUUUGAAGAGUAUUGCUAAGAAGAAAUUAAGAAAAUAGGGAAAAGUGGUUUUCUCACUUUGUACUCAAUGCCUUUGUGUAAGUUAUUUAGUUGUGUGUAUGUACGUGCCAGUGUGUUGCAUGUAUGGGUGUACAGAUUUUGUGUGACUUACAGCAGGUGGUGGGAGGUGAGUGGCCUGGGGGCAGGCUCCCACAUCCGCAUAGAACCCAGCUCUCAGGAAAGGUUAUAAUUGCACUUCAUUUUCGUGUACUUUCUUCUCACAAGGUAAAAUCAUAAUUUUUAAAAAUUCAUUAAUUUUUGUUACCAUUUUUAACUUUCUCAUGUUGUUUUUUGUAACCAGAGGUCUCCAGAUGCUGCCGAGAAAUGUAUGACCUGACUACAAAUCUGGUUUUGAUUGGGUCAGAAUGAGGAAAAGAGAUUUUUCUAUUUACCUUUGGGAAUUUUAUGCCUUACUUUUUAGACUAUAGGGUAGCUAAAUUUAAAAUGGAAUUUAGUAUCUUUUGAUCUUUUACAUGAAUCGUAUGUUAAGUGGCUGAAUAAACUCAGGACUCUUGUUAACCUUCAGUACCCUGAAUGCUUCCUCUGCUUUUUUCUCCCAUAUUUGGUUCACAGAAAUAACCACUCUGCUCAUAUUUUUUAAAACAUACUUGUUCAGAGCGAAGGAUUUGUUGUGAAUAACUGUUAUCCUAGCUUUGCUAAGUGGUACCUUCUAACAAUCAGAAUUAGUAGGAAGAAACUGAAUUAUGGCAGACGAGAUUUCAUCUAUUAGAGGAAAAACUGGGUUCAAGAACCAUUCAUCAGCAGCUGAGGCAAGCAAUUCAUAUUACUAGUGCGAUCUUUAAAGUUUUGACAAUAUAAAAUAAACCAGGGAACUGUUUUACAGAUACAAAGAUAAUCUACAGUAAAUAUGCAGCCCACUUAAAUGCUGAUUAUCUGUGGUGGUCAAGAACAGUGGUGCCAGUCAUCAAACAUAUAAUUCAUCCUGUGGUCACUGCUGAUCUCCUGAUCCUGGUAUUUGGUGCCUGUUGUACUUGGGGUUCUUGAGACACAUUUCCACACCCUGUGUGAAUAGUCCAUGCAUGCAGUCAUAGGUGACUGUAUUAAGAACAGCAUAAUAAAUAAAUAAAACCACCAGGACUCAUUUUGCUUUUUUGACAGAUUUUAUUUCUGAUGUUUUUGCCUCACAUAAAAGUUAUCCUAAAGGUUAAUAGUUUAUCUGAACAAAAUAAUAGAAAAAUUUCUUUCUACUUCCAUUUCCAUUAAAAAAAAAAAAAAAAAGGACAGGAGAACAGUCACAGUUAAAGCAGUGAGCAUUUUUUUGAAAUGUCUAAAAUACUAAUUGAGGAGAGCUUGGUCUUUGCAGUGGUGUGAGCUUUAGUGGUUGUACUGGCUUGACUGGCAGUUACGAGUUUCAGAAAUCGGCCCAUAGCAUCCAACCUGUGAGUGGAUUUUAUGGAGGAUGGAAUAGGAAGGGAUGCCCCAUCAGUGUCUCAGCCCUUUGAACAGAAGACCUAUUUGUCUUGUUCUUUAUUCCAUUCUCAAAAUACUAACUUGGAUUAAAAUUGUAAAUGUUUUAUGUAUAUGUUGAUGGGACAAGAAGACUAUUUAUUUAAUCAAAGAGACGUUUAUAUAUUAUUAUAUUGAACUUUAUGUUAAUUCAGUUGUAUCUUUAAAAAUGAUCACUUAAAGCCAAUGACUCCUCUAGUACACUGAGAAAAUAUUUCAGUAAAGCCAGCCUUUUUCACUUGGUGUGCAUUUUGUUAAAUAAUUGACUAAUAUGCUUCUGUGUUUUCUGGGUGGUAGAAAGUAUUUGGCUCCAGGAAAGAUUUAACUGUUUAUGACAACAAUACUCAAAGGUAAUAGGAAAACUUUUUAGUAAGUUUGUUAAUUCAGUGAGUGAAUUCAGAGUAAGUACAUUUACUUAUGUAAAUGUAGGGACAGUUCUGCUGCUAUUAUUAAUGUGCAAGUUUUUCUGGUAAACAGCAAGAGAAUAAAAAUUAUUUCAAUGCUCUGUACCACUGGUUUUGUGUUAUUGUUCCAUUAAGCUUGGUAUAAGAAUUGAAAGAUACUUGGAACAUUAAAGGAUUAAAAAAACCUUUGCCUUGUUCUUGGGUAUUUCGUUCUCUUGCCCAUAUCUGGUAAGCUUUAAGGAUAAUUGCAUUUAAUACCUUUUACUUGGAGGUUUUUACUUCAUUGUGAGUAUAUAAAGCUACAAAUGAAGGACAAAGAUGAGAUGGGAAAUGUGUAUUUAUUGUAAAUUCCUAAAAUACUAUGUAAAUAAAUGACAUGAGUGUGCUUUAAAGAAAUUUGUGUGUAGUGCCUUAAGUUAAAUAUAUUUUGACCAUAUUGCUU